AUGGCAAACAUUAUCGCAAGCUCCCUGUCACUAAUAGACGAACAAGAAGAAGAAGAAGAAGAAGAGGAGGAGGAGGAGGAGGAGGAGGAGGAGGAGGAGGAGGACAUUUCGUCCGUAGCUAUUUAUUUCCCCAUAUUCCCAACACCGGCAGUAGGAAAACAUGCGAACACUUGUUUCGCCGUUCCCCCGGGCCAAAUGGCUUAAAAGCGGAAAGUUUACCUAGUCAGUGGCUCCCCUAGGGUUCGCUCUGACAUAAAUCCAGUUUUCAGAAUUAAUGUUAUAGCUAAACCUGAGUAUACACUCAAAAAACUGAACUGAACUGACUGAAAUUAAGCCCCUGGGCUCGAUCAUGAGUUUCGUGCAAACAUUAUUAUUUACUAACCCCCAGUUCUUCGCCCUAUCUUCCUCUAAAUUGCCCCUUUUUCUAACUCUUCCUUUUCGCUUUUACUCUUCCCUCCUCCCCCCUUUGUUAAUAGUAAGACCAAUAGACUGACGGAACUAUUAUUUAUGGGAAAUUUCGAACUCUCACGGCAAGAGGACUAUAUGGAUCAGCGGUCGAACAAACUCAGGUGAGGAAAGCGCUAUCUUUAUAAGAUUCCCUGUGGGGAUUCAGGCUGUAAUUACGCAGGUCAGACCACCCGGAAAUUCGUCUUCCGAGUACAAGUGCACAAGCAGAGUUUGUGCCGGAGUGACUCAUAACACCACGCCGAUACCCACAUCCUGGAAGCAGACUGCGAGUUUGAUUUCGCGUGCCCAUGGAUAAUGGCGAGGGCCGACAAUGGGAACAGGCAGAGAAUUACCUGAAUGCCGGUCCUAGAACCACAGCAACAUAAAUCGGUAGGCUGUUCUGACCCCCCGUCUAUCGCGCGCUGCAACCCAACAGCCAGAUGGCGUGACCCAGUUUUUGGCCAGGGACACUCAAUGAGACACUAUAAAACCAAAUUAGUUGCUUUUCGUUUUUUUUUUAUCGCUAUGCCUGUUGUUGGGCUGCAGCAGGGUUUCAAAAGUUCAGAAGAGUAGGACGGAAGUGGCAGCAAGAGCCUCCCUCUUCUCUCCAGUCCUCCAUACUCUAAUUAAUCAUGAGAAAAUCUAAAAAGACGGACUACUUUUUAUCCUUUACUCCUCAGGAGUUGCUGCGGUAGAUGAAGAGGUAAUUGGGUAGGAUGGUAGUUGGUAGCCCUGCCCACUGAUUCUACAAUUGUACUUACUGACUCGAUUUCAAGCUCUGUGAGUACGUUCUCAUUAUGUCUGGGAGUGCACGCGCAGAAGCCCUGUCAAGAUGACUUUCUUUUUCACUUUAACCGCCCCGAGGACGAGGCACUGCAAAAAUGUCCAUAUAGACUCAUUGUAUUGCACCCCUACACGGAAAUCUUUAGUUAAGGGCGAAAGAUUUAUCCUAGGCGGAUUAUGAUUCAUCAUGCUUCUCAUUAUGCUUCGAAUUGCAUGCGCGCAUUGUGUUACCUGUAUCUGAUUCAUUUUAGAUGUACUAUCCUAGGCUGCAUAUCACAGUACCCAGAUGUUAAUUGAAGGCAUAACCAUCCGUGUGCUGUUGCAGUAUUUGUAAGGGCAUGACCUUUCGACAUCUACAUAAGACCCUACAGGUCAGUAGUCCUUUCUGCUGGAGAUACUGCAGUAGGUAGGACGACUGGAUUAUUUCCAGGAUUCGCGAAUAAUCUGUCGGCCUAUCCACUUGCGGUCCUGCUUUCCUUCGUCUUCUAAGAGAAUGGGCUCUGCAAGCAGAAAAAGUGUAACUUCAUAUACAGUGCUAAUUCCUCUUUACAUUGUAUAGUACACCAUUCACGUAUAGCAAACAACUACUGCCAUAGUUCUAAUCCUAGACGUGGCCAAAGUGACCAUACACUAUUAUUUGCAGAUUUUCUCUUUCGCCCAAACAUAUUUUUCGCAUUAAAGUCUUAUCCCGCUUGCGUUAUGCCGUCCUGCGUGCCGCUGCUUGACUCUCGUGUUCUCAUGUCCAGUCUGUCGGUUAGAAUCGCACGUACUGCGGAAUGACCUUAAGACACACUGCCUUCUUCCUAUUGGUUGUUCGCCUUCACUUGCUAUUCUUUCCAGUCUGGGGCACGGAUGCAUUUAUUCCGCAUACCGUACUAAUUAUCCAUGCUUAUUUCUAUACCCUCCUUGCAUUUUUCACCUUUUGAAAUUAGGCUUCCACUUUGCCAGGAACGUCGCUUCCAGGCAAUACCCUACAAGCGCCAUUUACGCCUCCACUUAUCUGCCCCACCCGCAUGGCCCCUAUUACCACCGGCCCCGUAAGACAGGUAGCUGGGAGUUUUCGGUACCGCGAGGGCUACCAACUACCAUCUAACCGGUGAUUGUCAUCCUCUUUUCCGGCACUUGUCUGCGCGAUAACUGCUCACGGUUGGCAGACCUAGCGGCGACACAAAUUCAAGCAGUCGGCCGCUCGAUUCCAUCUCACAACAACACGCUCCCAAGUAGUAUAAUAUUCAUCUCUCACAAUGUGACGUAAGGAAUUCGCUGGCUGAUGACAUUGCAGACUUCGUUGCAAUUGGUGUGACCGUUUGGACAUUCGUGCACUCAUAUCGAUUGCUUUUUUACCCCCUCCCCCUGUCUGCCUCCCUAAGGACGAAUGUGCACACUCCAGUGCCGGAUCUCUUUGUUGCAAUCACUUUUUGAACUUUGUCCUUCCCUCCGCCCUUCCUACGCAGGUUAUCGCUCAGCAGAAACGACCCGCUGAUCGUGCUGCCAAGUUCCACGAAUGGUUAGCCACAUGUCUAGCUGCCACAUAUACGAUAGUCAGCCCUUCACAAGCGGAGAGGGUCAUCGCUGUUCUUGGAUGAACUGCACAAGAAAUGGCUCAUAGCGGAGGAGACUUGCGCAAUACCUCUCUCUCUCUCUCUCUCUCUCUCUCUCUCUCUCUCUCUCUCACUCUCUCUCUUCCCAAGAUCUCCCCCUUACAGAUGGCAGGGCAAAGUCCAGACGGCUGGAGAUGAAUAUUGGCGGGGGGACUGGCGUGACCCGCGCGAUCCCUGCUGGGAUCUUGCGCAUCAGUGCAACUGGUUUUCUAGAACCCAUCCCAGCCCAAUCAACACUGCUUGCGGGGACAAAUCUCACCACCACCACAACCCGCAGUAAACUACUCUGCCUCCAUUAACGACGUACAGUGGGGUGACAAACUGCGAUUUUGGGAUGGGAGUUCGAUCGGAAAGGAUCAGGUAAAUGGGUUUCCAAUACUGAUUCGUACGCUGCAUAAUUCCAAAAUAAUUAAUGCGCGUGAGGAUGCUGAUUUUGGGUACACGUACUUCUGACUACCCACGAAAGUCACACUCUCCAAAACCACAAGUUAAGUAGUGUUAUUUUUUUCCAUUUAUUCCCAAGGACACUAUAAACUAGAUUGUAUUUAGUAAUAAGCAUACGCAAAAGUAUUCCUGUUUGCAACCUCUGUAGUUAAUUACACCUUCUUCAAAUUGUCUACGUAAAGAAGGCGUACCUUUCGGCUUUAAAACGGUUUUAGAUUCUCGAAUGAUUGCAAACCAUGCCUGGGUCUUCAAAUUACGCGCCGUACACUUUCCGUUUAAAGAAAGCCAGACAAUCCCUUAUGCCGAUUAAGGAUACACCAUCUACUCUUCACAUAAUUUUCGAUAGAUGUUAACCACAUUCAAGGCUCAAAGAGGAACAUGAAUGGGGUGAAGCGCAGAAACAACUCAAAUGGAAAUUUCAGGGUUUCGGAAAACCCCCAAUUGCGAACCCCUUAAACCGACAGAUACGCUUUCUUCAAGUGAAAAGUUUUUGGAGGACAUAAAUUGCUACAGCGGAAGUAUGUGAAAGAAUGGUUUCGUUAUGUGUUUUCUAUAAAUUUUGAUUGGAUUUAUAAAGAUAUUGAGGGCAUGUAGGAAAAGCAUACUACUUAAUUAGUUAUUUGGGGACCAGUCAUUCGUGGCUGAUCGGAAAGACGCGCACUCCAAAGUCACUAGCUUGGUGUGUCCGGAACAUUCUGGAAUUAUGCUACCCGCGCAGACAAGCGUCCGCGACUGUCUCUAAUGCUGGGUUUGAGUGAGAACCCGAAACGCCAGGCCAAUAAAUUUAUUGUUUCAGCGAUCGAAUCUUCUUCAUCCUCUACUAAUCUGGCUGGCAUCUGUCUUGUAUAUUUUGACUUGGCAACUACCGUAUGCCCUCCAGAAAACGGUGAUAGUCCCGACGCGUCCAAUUCAAUCCCCAAUCGAUAAGACACUCGACCCUGAGUCCCGAGCCCCUCCGACCCGCCUUUUGGAUAGGGGUAACCAACGACGGUUGCCUGGUCAGAGGCAACAUUUGCAGUGUGACUUUUCUUUGUGGGGAACACUUCCCGCACACUGAAGCGUAAUUUGCGUCUCCGGACUCUGGCGAAUCACUGUACUUCUUUGUACAUUGUUCGUUUCACUAUAGUUAAUUGUCUAAUAUUGUUGCCUUUAAUUACCCUGCAGUUGGCAGCUAAUGUCGAUCUGGCGCCCAGAUGGUUCAUACAAUGAACUGUGCGCGCAUGAGUGCGGGCGUGUGUGUUUGUGCCAUUAAAAUUCCUCACGGGAAUUGUUCCUCGCCUUUGGCGGCGGCGGCAGCGGCUCCUUCAGGGGCGCUUUCAUUGUCAAUCACAUUAGUAUGGGCCGAAGACACAGACAGGCGGGAGUGUUUUCCUACCUCUGCACAAGCCAGAUAUGCAGAUUCACUCUGCUGUCUCCCUAAUUAUCAAUCUGCGCUUCUUCGACCUAAUUAGGUCCUUGUGUAUGCACACGAAUGUCGAACCUCGGGGCCGCGCUGGGACCUCUUGAGUGAUCAAGCCCAGCCUCAAAUCAAUCAUAAUUGCCGGUCAGUCUUUUAAGUCCAUUCCGCGUGUCCGGCGAACAGAGUCGGUUGGGCCUGGCGUCACCGAUAAUUCUGCAUUAUCACCGCUGAGGGCUACUUGGUUCCGAGUGGACUGACGGUUAGAAUAGCACAAAGAAAGAAAGUGGGAACGGCUACUACGUGGUGCCAGCAAUUUCGAUAAUACUGAUACCGAAGCUGAUGCUACCGUCCCCAUCGCUGCCGCUGCUGCUGCUGAUGAUGAUAAUGAUGAUGAUGAUGAUGAUGAUGAUGAUGAUGAGGAGGAGAAGAAGAAGAAGAAGAAGAAGAAGAAGAAGAAGAGGGAGGAGAGGAUGGGGAGGAGGAGAAGGAGCAGGAGGAUGAGGAUGGGAAGGAGGAUGAGGAUGAGGAAAUGA